UCUGUUCAGGAUUCCUUUGAGUCUAUCACGCGUAAUGCGCACUCAGUUGCAUUUUUUCGUCGAUUUGAUUGGUUAGAGCUCGCUAAAGUUUAUGACUAGUCUCGCUGGCACAUAAAUACACGAAUCACGGCUACAGUUUAUUCGGCUCGCAAACCAGUGCCGUACAGCUGUGAGGAAUCCGGAGGUGAAUUGCCAAGAUAAGCAUCAUGGAAGUGAAAAACAUGUCGUUCAAGGCAGGGACUGAACUGAAGAUCACAGGUGUCCCCAAAUCGGAUGCCGCUAGUUUCGCAAUCAACGUGGGGCAGUCUGAGGACAGAAUCGCGCUGCACUUUAACCCACGCUUCAACUGCCACGGGGACCACUGCACCAUCGUCUGCAACUCCAGGCAGGACGGCUGUUGGAACAGCGAGCACAGAGAGAACAACUUCCCCUUUCAGCAGGGGGAGGAGUUUAAGGUGUCCAUUUCCUUUGACAAUGACCAAUUUCGUAUUAAACUAUCUAAUGGCCAUGUGUUUCAUUUCCCCAACCGUCUGGGUGAUGACAAAUAUAAACACAUUACCAUUGAUGGAGCCAGGAUCACAAGCUUCAAGAUAAAAUAAUGGCCAACCAAGAGGUGUUGGACAUGCCCCUUUCACUGCUAAUUGGCUGGUCUGCUUCACAGUCUGACUGCUAAUUGGUUGUACAGCCUUGAUAAAGCUGUGUAUUGUCUGCCCCUUCUGAACAUCAUUGCCUUUAAUUUUGUGCAGCCUUGUACUAAUGUCAGUAAAAACUCAUUUCACUUUUAUAGUGGUAGACUUCAACAUGGGCUGUCCUGUCCUGAUGGCUUUUCCUGAUAUGGUGUGGGAAUCAUUUAGCAAUAAAAGCUUAAAAGAGCCUUA